CUCGUUACCCCUCAUUUAUAUUGGAUCUGGGAGCAACAGUCGGUAUAUGACUCAGGUUCCUGGUUUGAUUUGUUUAGCAUCCAACGAAGCCCACCUCAAGAUUCUACCGCGCAAGAUAUCAAAAUGUCCUCCAUCACAAUCGCAACUCUUCCCCGCAUGAGCCGCGAUGCUCUCUCGGCCCUCCUCCUCUCGGCCACUUCCCCCAGCAAUCUGGCCAUCGUAGAUGUCCGUGACUCUGACCACGUCGGCGGCCAUAUAUUCUCUUCCACCUGGGUCCCUAGCUCCACGCUGGACGUGCGCAUGCCCGAACUCGUCCGCACGCUGAAAGACAAGGAGCAGGUGGUGUUCCACUGUGCGCUCAGUCAGCAGCGCGGUCCCUCUGCGGCGCUGCGUUAUGCCCGGGAGAGAGAGCGUGUGCUCGGCGCCGAGGAAAGCCACAAACAGAAGGUUUUUGUCCUGGAAGGAGGCUUCGUGCAGUGGCAGGAGAAGUACGGGAAGGACACCCGGUUGACCCAAGCAUAUGUGGAAGAUAUUUGGCGGGAGUACUAAAGGGUCUGUUUCUUUUCUUUUGCUGGGGAUGACGUGGUGAUUUUUUGUUUAUACCCUUGUGGCUUCGUUGUUUUAGAGAUUAUAUAGUGGGAACUAGUGGUCAUGAGUUAUUAUAGAGAUCAGAGCGAU